GCUGUGCACAGAAAAUAUAAACACGUGUGAGCACGUCCAUGCCGCUUUUGCUCUACAAAAUUUGCAAGGAUAUUAUUUGAAAAUAUUAGAUUAUUGCCUGUGUUUCCACGCUCGUUUCCUUGAAAUUAAUCGAAUUCCGUUAUCUCUUGACCUUAAAUUUGUUAAGGUAUCGCCAUGCAAAUGAAACAGACUGGAUUUCUUGCUGGCCUUAGGAAGCCAAUUGAAGAAAAUGCUGUGAAACCCGCCAGAAAGAGAAAGUUGGACCCUGAUAAUCUGUCAAGUAAAGAUGUGUGGCACACCCGACGCAAAAAGGGCCGACUAGUUGUUCGAAAUUUGCCUUUUCAGGUCACAGAGGAAAAACUAAAGGAACAUUUUGAGAAGCAUGGCAAGGUGGUUGAAACAACUUUGCUGAAACGCAAGGACGGAAAGUUAGUUGGCUGUGGCUUUGUUGAGUUUGAGAAGCGAGAGGAAGCCAAAAAGGCUUUAGAAGAAUGCAGUGGAAAGCCCUUAAUGAAGCGCCCCAUUGUGGUCGAUUGGGCUGUCCCGAAAGGAAUAUACAGAGGUAUUCAAAAGAAGGAAGAUAUAAAAGAGGAACCAAAAGAUUCAGAAGUCAAAGAAGAGCCUGACAGCGCUGAGGAGGAGGACGAAAAACCAAGCUUUGACGAAACUAAAGAUGAAGAUGACGUUUCAAGUGAAGAUGAAUCAGAACAGGAAAACUCAGAUGAAGCUGAUUCUGGUGAGGAAUACGAAAGCAGCAUCGAUUUAGAUGAAGACGAAGAAGCCGGGGAUGAAGAGGAGGAAAGUGACGAAGAAGAUGAAGAGGAACAAGCAAAGCGAAGGCGUCUCAAUGAUUUAGACGAAGGAAAAACUGUGUUCCUUAAAUGUGUACCUUUCUCUGCAACUGAAGAAGAUCUCCGUGAGUGUGUUGGAAAGUUUGGGCCAAUUUCUUAUGCCCUCAUUUGCGUCGACCCGGUCACUGAACAUUCCAGGGGAACUGCCUUUGUCAAAUUUAAGAACAAAGAAAGUGCCGAUAAGUGUUUGGAAGCUGGAGCAAGUGACCUCAGGAUCGGAACAACUGGAGUGUUGGACCCUCAUAGAGCUUUGGACAAAAGGUCCCUGCACAAGAAGUUUGAGGAAAAGAAGGAGGAUAAAGUCAAGAUGGACGGCAGAAAUCUGUAUCUGAUCAAAGAAGGAGUGGUCAUGGCCGGAUCGACUGCUGCGAAAGGAGUUUCAGCAGCGGACAUGGCUUACAGACUGCAGCUGGAGCAGUCCAAGAGCCAGAUGCUCCGUAACCUCAGCAUGGUCGUUUCUCCCCUAAGACUCGCUGUGCACAAUUUGCCAGAGAAUUAUAGCGACCAGGCUUUGAGGAAAAUGUUCCAGAAACAUGCUCCAGCAGGCGCAAAAAUCACUGAGGCUAGGAUUAUGAGGGAUUUGAGGAAAGUUGAUGCCAAAGGACAAGGUCUCUCAAAAGGUUUCGCUUUUGUCACUUUCAUGAAGCACUCGGAUGCGUUGUCAGCGCUGAGAGCUAUUAAUAACAAUCCCAGCAUAUUCAAUCCCAAAAAGCGCCCUAUUGUGAGUUUCUCGAUUGAAAACCAAGCUCUGCUUAACGCGAGGCAAAAACGGCUGGAAGCAAGUCGGGCGAAGAAUCCAAAUUUCCAGGGCAACAGAAAAGACGGAGCAGCUUUGACAAAGAAAAAAUUAGUAGAGCACGGAAAGCAUGAGUCACAGGAGGCAGAUUAUACAGGAAUCGAGGCGCACCGAACUCAGAAAAUCAAAUUACCAAACCGUCGAACUCUUCGAGAGCAGGCAGAGGUGCAUCGUCGAAGUAUCACUACAGAAAAGAAGAAGGUCAAGCGAGAGAGAAAAGCAAAGCAACUUAAACAGGAAAAGGCUAAAAAGAAAUUGGAACCAAAACCGAAGGGAAAAGUCCAAAUUGUAGACAAAGAAGAGAAAGCCUUUGAUUCAAUGGUAAAUAAGUACAGGAACAUGAUUUCGGAUAAGGAUAUCAAAAAGUGGUACGAAUGAUUUGAUGACGAAGAAUGAAAAACGAAGUGAAAAUAAAACAACUAAUAUUUGAUUAUUGAUAAUGAUCUAAAGAAAUGUAAAAAUAAUCUAUACAAUUUAUCAAUAAAAGUAAAAAAUGCUUAAAAAGUAGUGCUCCUCUUCAGCUUCUAUGUACGUGACCAAAAAAGGUAAAAGAAUAAAAAAAAAU